AUGGGACGCAUUGUAGAAAUAACAAGCAAAACUAAUGAUAUAUCUGGAACUUCCUUUAUUUCUUCUGUAUGGGCUAUCAUGGAACUAUGGGCUACCCACUUAUCUUGGGCCAAGUUUAUCCUCCAGUUCUGGAUCGGCUAUGUCGAUUCUUCACGUCGAACGGUUAUACUAGAAAGUAGAAAAGCUCCUUCGAGCGUAUCCGCCGCCCACGCCGUUGCUGGACUACUCGCCGCCAUCAUACGGAGGAUACAUCGUCCAUUCCUACACCGUCGUGUAACGAAGCCAUUCCUGUCUCUGAUAGAAUAUGAAGAGGAUUCACAUCUUCAAAGUGUUCAAAAUAACUCAUUUUUAAAGGUAUUGAAUUAA